UACUUUAUACUGUCUAUAUGUUUGAUUUGUACAACACUCACAGCCCGAGGAGCUGAGACAUCCGUUCCCCCUACAAGGAACUCUGGUUCUUAUAGGAUGGAUUUGCAAGUGUCAAGUCCAACCUAUCUCUAUGAUAUUGAUUAUGGUAUGUCAGCACCCUGCCAAAAAAACAAUGUGAAACAAAUUGCAGCCCAGCUCCUGCCCCCACUCUACUCUCUGGUAUUCAUCUUUGGUUUUGUGGGUAACAUGUUGGUUAUUCUCAUCCUGAUAAGCUGCAAAAAGCUGAAGAGCAUGACUGACAUCUACUUGUUCAACCUGGCCAUCUCUGACCUGCUCUUCCUGCUUACUCUCCCAGUCUGGGCUCACUAUGCUGCAAAUGAGUGGGUCUUUGGAGAUAUAAUGUGUAAAUUAUUCACAGGGCUCUAUCACAUUGGCUAUUUUGGUGGAAUCUUCUUCAUUAUCCUCCUGACGAUUGAUAGGUACUUGGCUAUUGUCCAUGCUGUGUUUGCUCUAAAAGCCAGGACAGUCACCUUUGGGAUGAUGACAAGUGGAGUCACUUGGGUGGUGGCAGUGUUUGCCUCUCUCCCAGAAAUAAUCUUUAUCAGAUCUCAAAAAGAAGGUUUUCGUUAUACAUGUAGUCCUCACUUUCCACACACCCAAUAUCAUUUCUGGAAGAGUUUCCAAACAUUAAAAAUGGUCAUCUUGAGCCUUGUUUUGCCCCUGCUUGUCAUGGUCAUCUGCUACUCAGGAAUCCUCCACACCCUGUUUCGCUGUAGGAAUGAGAAGAAGAGGCACAAGGCUGUGAGGCUCAUCUUUGCCAUCAUGAUUGUCUACUUUAUCUUCUGGACUCCCUACAACAUUGUCCUUCUCCUGAUCACCUUCCAAGAGUUUUUUGGACUGAAUAAUUGCAGUGGUUCUAAUAGACUAGACCAGGCCAUGCAGGUGACAGAGACUCUUGGAAUGACACACUGCUGCAUCAACCCUGUCAUUUAUGCCUUUGUUGGGGAGAAAUUCCGGAAUUAUCUCUCAGUGUUCUUCCAAAAACACAUUGUCAAACGCUUUUGCAAGCACUGUCCAAUCUUCCAGCAAGACAAUCUUGAUCGUAUAAACUCAGUCUAUACCCGGUCCACAGGGGAGCAGGAAGUUUCUACUGGUUUAUGACCUGGGCUGUUUUGUGUAUCACUUGGUUUUUCCAUGUAGCUUGGGAGUCAGAAUGUUUUUUUAAAAAAGAAGUUACUAUCAUUGAGGGCCUAAGAUACAUGCAUGUUUUGGAUAUUUAUUUUAGAUAGAUUGGGUCUUUUAAAGCUGAUUGAUUUUAGAAAGCCAAAUGAGAAUGUAUUGAUAAGAUAGCAAUCCCUGGUCUCAUUCCCACUUACCUCCAGUUAUUGGCAAACUCUUCUUUAGCCACAAAAAUUCACUACAAAAAAAUCCCAAGAAUUGGGAGUUUUUUGAGCUUGACUAUCUGAACAGAAAUAACAACAUCAAUCAAGAAGAAUACCUUGUACAGUUUUUUCCCUUACAAGGCAAAAUUCAGGCUAUAUAUGUACUUAAAAUAGGUCUUUGUCUUGCCCUGAGAAGAAGAGAUGAGAGUGUGAUUAGUUAGGAGAUAGAUAACUAAGCUACAUGAAUUAGUUCUAUAGACUUGUAUGAUCAGGUGAAUUCUCUGUGACCUGGGAGGGCUGGAAACAAAUCCCUUUAUAAGAAGGGAUUUGAACUGGAUCAUAUAUUAGCAAAUGAGAGGGAAACCAUUCUUUGGGUGGCAGGACUGCACAAACAAAGCAAAGGUAUACUUGUGGCUAGCUGGAAAGGUCAUGGAGAGAAAUGUCAAGGCUGGAUCAUAAUGCACCAUGUCAGCAUUGCUCCUUCAAGUUAUAUGCAGGGUGGGAACACCUGGAUAGGUUUGUACAAAGCCUAUUUCAUGGCUAAGAGUGUACUGACAAUGGUGAGCAUUUAGGGAAAGUAGAUCAGCAACAAUAAGGUCAGAGUGCAAUCAAGUCACCUGGGCUAGACAGGGGGGAAGUACCACUUCUGCAUGUAGAGUGUAGAGUCAGCAGAACUUGGGGUAAAUUCGAGGUGGAGGUGAACAAGAAGCCCUAGGCUCAAAUGCAUUGGAAUAAUUGUUGAAGAAACAACAAAUACAAAAGAAGAGUACAGGAAAGAGUCUGGCUUAGGAGGGUAGUCUCAUUUUACAACCUGUUGCCUCAGGCUAGCAUUUUGUUCCUUCCCUCAGACACAAAUCUUGCCAUACCAGCUUUGAAUCUUAAGGGGUAACCAGGGGGCUGUAAAACACCUGGCAUAUGAAUCAUGAACCUGAAAUCUAGGAAUAAUAUGGACUCCUUGUGGAUUCUAGCUGAGGGUUGCUUAUACAGUUUGAACCCAGAGCUUUACAACCUUGAGCAGAGGCCCUAAGAUAUGAGGGAAGAACAUCAAUUUUCUCUAUUUACCUAGCAAUCAUCAAAUCAGAGAGAUAAUCCAUCCUUUUAGAAACAAGUUGCUGUGAGCUUCAGAAGUCAUGAAAGUGUAAUUACCACCUUCUGUGUUCCAGGCUAAGUUUGAAGGCUUUAGUAACUCUUUACAGAUGGCUUCUUCACACAUACAAUGCUAUUUUUAGCCACUGCAGAGAGAUUUAGGAUUUUUUUGUUGUUUUUGUAGUUGCUAUUUAUGAUAUUGUUUUGAAUUUUGGAGCAGUUAAGACUAAGGGAAGAAACAAAAGGGUGAGAAUCACUCAGAGGAUUAAAGUGUCUGGUUAACAAAAGGUGCUACUUGUUUUUCUCAAGCUCUGAAUGUGAAACCAGAGCCUUGUGGCUGUCAGCAAGGAGGUGAGCAUUUGCUUUUUUCUUUCCUGGAAUCCACAUUUUGUCCCCAAUAUGUAGCUGAGACUAGACUCAAACUCAUGAUCCUCCUUCCUACAUCUCAAGCACUGGGAUUACAGGUGUAUAUGAACACACCUAUAUUCUUAAGCAUAUAGAAAGUUGUAAAUUCUUUGAAGAUACGUCUUAUAAAAAGUGCUUUGUAAAAAGUAAUUUCAUUAUUGUGCUUUCAAUCAAGUGUACAUUCAGCGAGUAGUACACAAAAUUAUGAGAGUAUUUUAUAAGUAGUUGUUUUGGAGAACAUCCCCAAAUAGUACUUAUUUAAAUAUAGUCCUUAGCUUAAAUGUAUGGUGAUGGUGAUUAUAUUUCCUUUAAAAUAUUUUUAACAGUUAACUUUCUUCCUGAGACAAAUUGUUGUAACAAUUUGUUGUUAAAGGUGUUACUUCUAAGCGUGUAGUUCCUGAGCAGAGUUGCCUUGAAAGAUUGUAAAUUUCAAAUUGUGCUUACCCUCAACCAAAAGAGUUUUAAUAUACUUACAAAUUGAUGUCAGAAGUCAAGAAUCUGCUUGAAAACAAAGACAUGCAACUUUGUGGUCUGGUAUAUGAGUGGGAGGCACAUGGUUGAGAGGAUGAGCAUUGCUUUUCUUUUAUUUAAAAUUCUUUCCCAAAGUGUGUUAGUAAUUUUAGUAACAGCAACUAUGUAACACUUGGAUUUCUAUCCUCAUAUUUCUUGUUCAGAGAGAGGAUAGAUGCUCCAGGGAGAGUUUGGAACAUACUGGUUUUCAGUCUGCUACAGCGUCAGCUUCCAAAGCAGGAUGUGUGAAGAUGUUGGAGCUGGUCAUGCUCUUAAUGAAAGGUACACAAAACGAGUAGUAAGCAAGACAGGGCUCUGGCUAGUACAGUAACUUCUUCUUAUCAGAUUCAAAGGGUUGCUUCUCAUACCUUAAAUCCAAAGGUGGAAUGUAUCAAAGAAGAGUGGGAAGCAGCUAGGGUUAGAGGAGAGAAAAGAAUCAGGGGGAAGCGAUCCCUAUCUGCUAUGAUAAAGCCAGCUAUUGUGUGGAUAUGAGAAAGUAUGGUAGUAACUUUGCUUGUUGCUGUGACAAAAUAUCUGACGAAGGCAUCUUAAAGAAGGAAGGGUUUACUUGUGUUGGUAGUUUGAAAGAAUGCAGCCUAUCAUGGUUUGUGAGGAAUGCGAGGUUGUUGGUCACAUUAUAUCUGCAUCAGAAAGCAGAGAACUGAAUGCUGGUUUAAGCUUCCUUUACCUUUUUCAUUCAGUUGAAGUCCCCAACCUAUGGAAUGGUGUUGUACACAUUAAGGUUGGUUUUCCCUUCUCAGUUAAUCCUUUCUAGAAACACCCUCAUAGAUACAGCCAGAAAUGUGUUUUCUAGGUAAUUCCAGUAAAAUACCAACCAUCACAAAAAGUGUCAGUUUUUUAUGGCUGAUGUAUACAGUCCUUACCUUUCCAUAUGUUGGAUGAAUUCAUGAAGAAAAGUUG